AUGGAGCGUGUUAUUCAGGAAACAGAUAAUGAUGCUUUUUCGUGUAAGAUAAGUGCAAUAACGAAGAGGUAUCUUCCAUCAUCGGAACAGAAAAAGAUUGGGAACUACGAACACUACGAGGAUAUUCAUUUAGAGUUUUGUAAAGAAAUCAAGUCUAGAAGUCGAAGAAAGUAUGCUAACAUUACAAAGGCUUGUCGUCAUUCUCUACCGGUGAUGAACUAUGGGACUUAUUUAAGAACUGUUAGCAUAGACCUGAAAUUAACUCAAUGGUUGAAAAAUAAUCUCGAGAAUCCUGCUGACAAGGUACAAGUGAUCAAUUUGGGGUGUGGUUCUGAUCUAAGGAUGAUGACUUUCUUGGCAUCUUUUCCUGGUGUGCAAUGGCUUGAUCUCGAUUAUAAAGACGUCGUGACUUUCAAAUCAACAAUCUUACGGAGUAACGCCAAAUUUAGAGCUUCUUUACAGAUUGAGGGAGAUCUACCGGAAGAACCUUCAAGUAUUGAGAAUGUAAUCACAGACAGAUACCAACUACUACCUUGCAAUGUAACAGACGAUGAGCAACUAAUUCCUAUAUUAAAAAAAUAUACUGAUUUUAGCGUGCCCGCUGUCAUUCUAACGGAGUGCGUGUUGUGCUACCUACAUGAAUCGAAAGCGUCUCAGCUAAUCUCCACUGUAACUGGCCUAUACAAACAGGGAUACUGGAUAUCGUAUGAUCCUAUUGGUGGCUCUCAAACAAAUGACCGGUUUGGAUCUAUCAUGCAAGACAAUUUGAUGGAAUCUAGACAGCUAAGUAUGCCUACCUUGAUGGUGUUCAAUUCAGAAGACAAAUAUAAAGAAAGAUUCCCCGGCAAAAGCGAAAUUCAGACAAUGUGGGAUUAUUAUCAAAAUCAUUUAGAGGACUCAGAACGUCAAAGGUUGAAAACUCUUCAGUUCCUUGAUGAAAUUGAGGAAUUACAAGUCAUUUUUUCACAUUAUGUUAUAUGUACCACUAAUUGGAGAAUAUGA